AAAAGAAAAACUAAAUCAAGAAAAACUAAAAAGAAAAGGAAAAAGAAGGAAAACAGAUCAAGCCGGCUUGACGCAAACCUCGCGUUCUCAGAUCCCCUCCAGCCCCUCCUUUUUACUAUCACAACAAAAUCAGCUACUGACCUAGAUCAAACUUUAAUCGCCAUGGCAAUGGCGAUCAAGCUUUCCCUCCUCCUCCUCGUCAUCUCAUGCUCUUUAAUCCCUACCUUUUCACUCUUCGAAGAUCAAGUCGGCUUCAUGGACUGGCAUCAACGAUACAUAGGGAAAGUAAAGGAUGCAGUGUUUCACACCCAAAAGGCAGGCAGGAAACGCGUUGUGGUGUCAACUGAAGAAAAUGUUAUUGCCUCCCUUGACCUUCGUCGAGGCGAGAUCUUUUGGAGACAUGUUCUGGGAGCAACUGAUGUUAUUGAUAAAAUUGAUAUUGCCCUUGGGAAAUAUGUCAUUACACUGUCAUCAGAGGGGAGUAUUUUAAGAGCAUGGAACCUUCCUGAUGGGCAAAUGGUGUGGGAGUCUUUUCUAUCAGGCUCAAAGUCCUCAAAGGCAUUAUUAACAAUUCCAGCCAAUUUGAAGCUUGAUCUGGAUAGUCCAAUUUUUGUUUAUGGUGGCACAUGUCUUUAUGCCAUUUCCAGCAUUGAUGGAGAGAUUCUUUGGAAGAAGGACUUCAUAAAUGAAGGCAUGGAUGUUCAUCAGUUGAUCCUUUCUGAGGGCAGUAACGUAAUUCACGCUGUAGGAGUUUUCGAUUUAUCCGAGUUCAAUACAUAUGAGAUUGAUGUUAAGAAUGGAGGGGUACUGAAACAUGUCAGAAAAUCAUUUCCCGGGGGCAUUUAUGGCAAUAUCUUGUCAAUUUCAAGUGAAAAAUUUGUUGCAUUGGAUGCUACAAGGUCAAUUGUGCUUCUAAUAAGCAUCACAGAUGGACAAAUUAGCCUUCAACAAACCCAUGUUUCAGAUCUCAUCCAUGGAGUUUCUUUGAACCCACUUAUCUUACCUUCAAAGCUUUCAGGAAUCUUUUCUUUAACCACAGAUACAUUCAUAGCUUUUAUAAAAGUAACCCAUGAAGGGAAAUUGGAAGUAAUGGAAAAAGUAGAUAAAACAGUUGUUGUUAGUGAUGCAUUGGCCCUUUCAGAUGGUGAACAAGCUUUUGCACUUGUUCAACAUGGAGAUAGCAAGAUUCAUCUCUCUGUAAGGCUUGUUCAUGACAUGAGUAGCAAUCACCUCAAGGAAACUGUCAAGAUGGAUCACGAAAGAGGCUUUGUUCACAAAAUUUUCAUCAAUAAUUAUGUUAGAACAGAUAGAUCACAUGGGUUCAGAGCUUUGAUCGUAAUGGAAGAUCAUUCAUUGUUAUUGCUACAACAAGGUGAGAUUGUUUGGAGUAGAGAUGAUGGACUUGCUUCUGUUAUAGAUGUCACAACUUCAGAACUACCCGUGGAAAAGGUUGGUGUAUCAGUAGCCAAAGUUGAAGACAGCCUUUUUGAGUGGCUUAAGGGUCAUAUGCUGAAGCUUAAAGGCACUUUAAUGCUUGCAACACCGGAUGAAAUAGCAAUAAUCCAAAAAAUUAAAUUACAAAGUUCUGAAAAAAGCAAAAUGACACGAGACCAUAACGGAUUCCGUAGACUACUGAUAGUACUUACCAAAUCCCGAAAGCUUUUCGCAUUACAUUCCGGAGAUGGACAUAUUGUCUGGUCAACUCUACUCCAAUCUCUCCGCCAAUCUGACGAAUGUCCAAAUCCAACGGGUCUCAAAUUACACCCGUGGCAAAUCCCGCACCAUCACGCACUCGAUAAAAACCCAUCUGUCCUUGUUGUUGGCCGAUGUGGGCUUUCUUUAUCUUCUCCAAGCACAUUGUCGGUUGUUGAUACGUACACAGGAAAAGAGGCGAGGAAUGUGGGGCCCGGGCAUUCGACCGUGCAAGUUAUUCCGUUACCGUUUAGUGAUUCCAGCGAGCAGCAGCUUCAUUUGCUGAUUGAUGAUGAAAACCGCGUGCAUUUGUACCCGAGAAGCCGUGAAGCUGUUGAGAUCUUUCAACGGGAGUCUCAAAAUGUGUAUUGGUAUGAUGUGGAAGCUGAAGUUGGGAUCUUGAGGGGGUAUGGUGUGAAAAGAAGAUGUGAUGGUGAUGAGUAUUGUUUUGAGGCUAGGAAUUUGUGGUCGGUUGUGUUCCCUUCAGAAUCGGAAAAAAUCAUCUCCACUGUUUCAAGAAAAGGAAACGAGGUGGUGCACACACAAGCAAAGGUGAUUGCAGAUGAGGAUGUGAUGUAUAAAUACAUAUCUAAAAACAUUCUGUUUGUUGCUACUGUUUCACCGAAAGCGAGUGGUCCAAUCGGGUCAGCAACUCCAGAUGAAUCAUUGCUGGUGGUCCACCUUGUGGAUACUAUAACCGGUCGCAUACUGCACCGCAUGAGUCAUUUAGGUUCACAGGGUCCCGUGCAUGCAGUCCUUAGUGAGAACUGGGUUGUCUACCAUUACUUUAACUUACGAGCACAUAGAUACGAGAUGUCUGUUAUCGAAAUUUAUGAUCAAUCUCGUGCGGAAAAUAAAGAUGUUUUGAAGCUUAUUGUUGGAAAACAUAACCUCACGACACCUGUGUCAUCGUAUUCUCGGCCUGAAGUUUCUACAAAAUCACAAUCUUACUUCUUUACUCAUUCAGUCAAAGCUAUAUCAGUGACUUCAACUGCCAAGGGCAUAACUUCUAAGCACCUGCUUAUCGGCACAAUUGCUGAUCAGGUAUUGGCUCUUGAUAAGCGUUUUGUUGAUCCACGAAGGUCACUUAAUCCCACACAAGCUGAGAAAGAGGAAGGUCUUUUACCUCUCACAGAUACCUUACCCAUUAUUCCACAGUCAUAUGUAACACAUGCAUUUAAAGUGGAAGGUCUUAGAGGCAUAGAAACGAUACCUGCAAAACUGGAAUCAACAACCUUAGUAUUUGCAUAUGGAGUGGAUCUCUUCUUCACACGCCUUGCACCUUCAAGAACAUAUGAUUCACUUACUGAAGAUUUCAACUACGCAUUGCUUCUUCUCACCAUUGUUGCUCUUGUUGUCGCCAUUUUUGUCACAUGGGUUUUAUCCGAAAGGAAAGAUUUGCAGGAAAAAUGGAGGUAGUAAUAACCUUACUGUGUUUUAGAUCACCUCCGAUAUUUUGCCAUUUCUUUUUGCUUUUACUAGUGUACUAGUGUUAGAGUUGAAUUCAUGUUGGAUGAUAGAAAUUUACACAGUUUUUUUACUCCUUUUGUAAUUUGAUGGAUGAGAUUUGGUUACAAGAUACACCCCUAAAACUUAUUUCCAACUUUCUCUUA